AUGUCUCGACGAGCAGCAGCCAGCUCAUCACGAAGAGAACGAGUCGAACGUUCGUUCUUAAGUUGCGCGAACGAAAAGAGGCACGAUCGUCCGAACGAUCGUGCGAUAAGGAAUUAUAAUUAUCCCUCACAAGAUCCUCAAGCCCAUAACGCCGAGAUCGUUCAUGAGCCAGGUCAUCUUGCAACUGUUCCGUUAGACGGUUCAGCUCUUGAACAUCAACUUGAUCCGACCCUCGAGCCGGAUCAGGUGUUCCCACCGCCACCACAUCCUUUGGUGGACUCAAGCGGUGGUCAACGCUUCCUAGUGGAGCGUAUUUUGAACAACCGCGAUGUGAAUGGCGUCCGGACGAGUUACCUCGUCCGCUGGCGUGGCUAUCCACCGGCGUGGGACAGCUGGGAGGCUUGUGCCCAGCUGAUUGUUGAUGCCCUUGGUCUCGUCGAGCAGUACGACGAGACCCACCCGCUGCGUUUGAAGAAGGGCCGUCGGAAAACGACCUUCCCGAAGGCGAGUACAGGGAUUGCAAAUUGUCGAUCCCUUCGACCAUCUCGGAAGAGAUGCGCACCCUCCGUUAGGGAUCAUUUGAGGGAGGGAGGCCUCCCUAGGGGCACGGUUCGAAUUGUCCGGGCAACCUGGACACGAAUCACCCCACGAGGGACAGAGUAA